AUGCAGAAAGUCGUACGCCGGACAGCCCUGGCCCGAAACCAGGCUCAGCGCAAAGUCAUUCGAGCGAACAAAGAUGCCCGACACGAAGAGCUAAACGACAGCCUGCGGCAGCGGUUCGCCUACAACCGGUUCCAGCUGGACAAUAUCCGCGCAGAGAGGUUACGACGUCGUGAAGACUGGAUGCGAGGACCGCUUGCACCUCAGCGAGAUGCAGGGUUAGACGGAAAAAUGUUUGGUGCUCUGAGUCCGCAAGCAAUGCAGCCACCGGCUAUUCCGAAACAUCUGCGGAGAAAGUAUAUCAACUUUGCCCCGGGUGACCGGGUAUGUAUUAUGAAGGGAAGAGAUAAGGGAAAAAUCAAUGUGGUAACUCGCGUGGAUCCGGAGAAUGAGACUCUGACGGUCAAGGAUUGUAAUGUGGCCGACGUCUACUUUCCCGAGUGGCUCAGCGAACAAUUUGGCAACAAAAGCCCCUUCCAGACCGUGCCCCUCCCCAUCUCUAUUGACGACGUCCGCCUCGUCGUCGCCCUCGACGACCCAGCCACAGGCGUCACCCGCGAUGUCCUAGUCGAACACGUCUAUGGUGGCGGCCCCCUCCUUGAACGUGAGCAGGGCAUCGACACUCCUCGGCACACCCGCUACAUUGCUGGCGAGGACAUCGAGAUACCCUGGCCGCGUCCCGAGAAGCCAACCUUCAAAGACGAGGAAUGGGACACACUUCGCAUGGAGGUUGAAACGCCCACCUGGGUGCCAUCUCUUCAUUACGCGCCCUUCCCUCCUAGUGUGCUUGAUGAACUGCGAAAUAAGUUCUCCAAGUACCGGACGCGCCAUGAUCCGGAGUUUGUGGAGCAGAAGAAGCUAGAGGACCUUAAGAAGGAGUAUCUUCAGAGCAGGUCUUUGAUGACGCCGAAGGGGGAGCUUAUGGCUAUGAUUAAGCAGAAGAAGAAGGAGGAGUUGGAAAAGAGGAGAGAUGCUGAUGGAAAUUUAAUGAUGGAUGAGCAGACGUUGUCGUUCAUUGAGAUGUAUAUGAAGGAGAAUUCGGUGACGAAGAAGACUAAGAAGAUUAAGGAGGCUCAGACUGUUCGAUUGAGCUAA